ACUGCUUACUUAAUUUGAUGUCUUUCUCUGUAUUAAUGUUUUUGUUCUGUCUUUUUUGGUUUAUUUAAAUACUUGUUUUCGUCUUCACUAAUUGGUUUGAUUCCGUUAGUGUAUAAUGUUUCUCUUGCUGGUCUGAAUUUCUUAAUCCUUCUUAGGUUUAAGCUUACUGGCUGUGGUUUAUCUCUGCGAUAUCAUUAUCUAUCAUUACCAGUUGGUGAUCGCUGCAAUAUAUAUGCUUAGAUUGAUAUGAACAGAACCAAUUCCUGGUCACUGAUAAAUUUUUCCAUUAAAGUCAACUUUUGCAGUUAAUUUUUUUUUUUUGAAAUCCAGAUGAGAGGGAGAUUUUAUAAAUCUAAGCACAUACAAUCAAUUAAUUUAGUUUCUCUUACUUGUUAAAGAAGAAAACAGGCUAAAUUCAAACAAAAAGGGGUGAAUUGGUUUGAAAACAACAAUGAUUAUUUUCAAGGUUUAAAAAAUAUAUUAGACAUUUUUAUGAAUCUCUUUGACAUAAUUGGAGUGAGAUGCAUUGUUAACUACCAAAACAAUUAAAAAAUAAAUAAAACUAAAGACAAGAAAAUUAAGACACUCAAUCAGCUCAUAUCUUACCACAUAUAUUAAUUACAAUAGAAUCAACAAAUUUAUCAGAAAGAUAUCACCUGAAAAUUGAUUUUACAAACAAAAACCCUAUAGUCAAUGAACAAACCCCUUAAUCUUUCAUCUUCUUGCCAAACUUGAUUUCAGCAUUAUGACUACUCUAAAAAACUCUCACUCUCUCGUUCUUCCAAUGUUGGAAUAUCAUAAAGUUGUUUUCAAAUGAGAGAUGCAAGAUUUAAAGAAAUUUGAUAUAACUGAAUUAAUCGAUUAUCUUAAAAGUCAGAUUGAUCUAUUUGCAAAGCCUAGAAACUGACUGAAACUUAUAUUAAUUGAUUAAUAAUACUAGUUCUUAAUUAAUUGACUAAAUGCGAGAGCUAAUCUUGUUUACAUAUAAGAUAUUAAUCGAUUAUUGUUAAGUACAUAAUCCAUUAAAUGUGAAAGUAAGAAAGUCACACUUGUACCCGUUAUUGAAUUAAUUGAUCAUAUUAGGACUUAAUCGAUUGAAUGCGUAUUCUAGUUGUCUUAUUGUGAUGUUUUGAACAAAGCGUACCUAAAUUAAUACUAAUAAAUUAUUACAUUAUUAUAUUGAUUAAGAUUGAUUAAAGGGAUUAUUAUUGGCUGUACACGUAUGCUAAGACUUACAAAGAACACACAAAGUCUAAUGCUAGUAUAUCUAAGACACACAUCUCUACUAAAAUCUGAACAUCAUCAAAAACUGCAGCAACUCCCUUCUUUAAGACAUGCCCAAGGAAGAUGAGAAAGAAGAAGAAGCCCCUGGUGUUUAUGGAUGUGUCCAUUGAUGGAGAUCCUGUUGAAAGGAUGGUUUUCAAGCUUUUAUCCAAUGUUGCUCCCAUGACUGCAGAAAACUUUCGUGCAUUAUGUACAGGAGAAAAAGGUACGAGUCCAAAUACUGGAAAACCACUUGACUACAAGGGUUCUUUCUUCCAUCAGGUUAUAAAAGGUUCUAUUGUGCAGGGAGGAGACUUUGUCAAUCGAAAUGGGACUGGUGGAGAAAGCAUAUAUGGUUACAAGUUCCCGGGUGAGAAUGCUAAGUCACAAUCAAGAGCAUAUUCUGUCAUGAAUGUUGUACUAUAGCGAUAUAUUCUGAAACCAAUAAUUACGAAACACGGAGGAAGGGAAAACAUAAAAGAUCUUCAAAAGACCGAAGGAAAAUGAAAAGAUACUACUCAUCUGAAUUUGGGAGCUUUUCAGAUUCUGACACGAAAUCUUCACAAUCCAAGGAACUUCUGCAAAUGGUUUCAGCAAUAUUAGAAGCGCAACGGGAAGGAUCAUCUGAAGCUAAUAGUGAAGUAACACUGACGAAAGGAAAAAAGAAGAAAUCUUCAAAAGAGAGAAGGAAAAGGAGAAAAUACUACUCAUCUGAAUCAGGAAGAUCGUCGGAUCCUGACACACAAUCAUCAGAAACUGAGAUAAAUAAAUCAAAAAUGGAUAAUGAUGGAUUUUCUGAGGAGAUAAAUAAAUCAGAAAUGGAAACAGAUGGAUUUUCUGCGGACCAUCAUGGAUCAUUGGAGAAGGGAAAACAUUUAAAAUAUGCAGAAGAGGAACGAGAAAGGAUAGAAAUCUUCUCAGGAAGCUCUUCAGAUUAUUACAUGAAAGUUUCAGCUGAGUCAGAUAUGUCCUCAUCAUCUGUCAUAUAAUGCUCGUAAAACAAGUAUUUUCUGGUUUACUCAAGUUUAGGCUAAACGCUGAAACUGUUCGAACUUUGUCUUUGUUAAAUAAAUUGUGAUCUGGUAUUGUUUGAUCAAUUCUGAGA